UCACCUAGCUGUUAUACAGAUGCCGUGGCCGGGAAGAAACAGACGGCAUAGGACGGACUUUAAGUUAUUUUAGUAACCUCUUUUCAUGACCAGCAGCCAACGAGAACUAUGGGUACCUGUAAGGCAGGGACUUCAAAGAGAUGCUGUUGGUGUGGAGAUACAGGAGGAGAGCCAAGACGUUUUCCUCAACAUGUCGGAUUUAAGUGACUUUUUGAGAGCGCGAGGGGUUCCAGAAGAAGCGGUCGGCUUAAUGGAAGAGCAAAAGAUUGACAGUGACGUCAUUGCACUGAUGGAUGAUGCAACGCUGGCAAAUUACAUCCCUUGCUAUGGAGACCGAAUUGCUCUCUUCAAUUUCUGCAAAAGUAGACGUCCUGUCUCAAAAAGAAAACAAGGACUUUUAGAAAGACUUCGUGAAAAGAUGAAACUCAGGAAGGAAAGUUCCAAGGAGAGCUCUUCACCUCCAACCACAAGAGCAAGUCAGACAAAGAAGCAAAAGCCAACACGAAAUGUUGAGAUAGGAUGGAUACAUAAUGAUGGAAAUGUAACAAAGCAGGUGAGGGCAAAGCAGGGAGGUGGCACCAGAAAAAUUAAAAUGGCCACUGAAGCUGGAUUAAAAGAGAUUCUUUUGGAAGGAAAGAAAGUUUUCUUUCCUGAUGGAGUAUCUCCAAAAGGACCAGAAUGUGAUUUUGAGUUUCAGGUUUGGGACUUCAAACAGAACCUUCUUACAGCUGAUACUUGUCAGUCCAUUGGCAACAUGUAUGAGACAGCAAAGCUGACAAUGCUACGCUUUUACAUUGCAACAAAGGCAAAAGAUAUUGAAGAUGAUGCCAGUGAAACAUCUGAAGUGGUCCUUAUCUCCACACACAGUAGCAGUGAAAUCAGUCCAGUAGAACUGGUGGAAUUCGCAGAUGACUAUGAUGGAGCCCAUCAUACUUUGGAGAUUUCUGUGGAUUCAGAAAUCACCUUUGGUCCUGUUUACAACACUGAAGAGGAAGCAGAGGACACAUUGAUCUAUGAGGCUUUUCCUAUGCCCACCAUUCCACAUCUAGAGGAUGAAAUGACAAUCACCAUACAUCAUGCUGACACUUUUCAUGACAUGAUUACCGUGUUCUCUGAUGCACAGAUUAUGAAGAAAGCACUGAAUGUGAAACGCAUACUUCCAGACAACACAGAAGAAGCAGGUACUGGAUCUGGGGUGCUGAGAGAUGUUCUCAGUUGCUUCUGGCAUGAAUUCUAUGAGCGAUGCACCCUUGGUACAACAGUUAAAGUGCCAUUCAUUCGCCAUGAUUUUCCUGCUGAAAAAUGGAAGGCCAUUGGCAGAAUCCUUUUGAAAGGGUACCAAGAUUGUCAGUAUUUCCCAAACAAACUUGCGCUCCCCUUUGUUGAACAAAUACUUUUCAAUUGUGUGUACAGUGAUCUUAAAGCACAUUUUCUGCAGUUUGUGAGCAGACAGGAACAAGAAGUUUUGAUGCAAGCUGUAAGUGAUUUCUCUGCAGUUGACUGGGAUGAUCUUGUGGAAGUUCUUGACAGCUAUGGCUGUAGACGAAGAAUCACAGCUGAGACCUUUCCUACAAUACUUAAUGAAAUAGCACACAAAGAACUUGUCCAAAAACCUAUGUUCGUUAUAGACUGCUGGCGGGAGAUCACUGACCAUCAUCUGUCUCUCAGUCCAGAGGCACUGACCAAGUUGUUCUCUGACCUGCAGCCAACCUCCAAAAAGGUCUGUGCACUGCUGAAAUUUGAUGAUAAUCUGACUCCCAAAUAAAAGGAAGUGGGAACUCAUUUGAAAAGAUUCAUCAGAGAGCUAGAUGAAAACAAACUUCAGAAAUUUUUGCGUUUCUGCACUGGAUCUGAUCUUUUGGUAACAGACAGUAUCCUUGUGGAAUUUCAGGAAAUGACAAACUUCACACGAAGACCAGUUGGGCACACGUGUGGGAAGGUUCUGCAUAUAGCUGACAACUAUGAGAACUUCCCAGAUUUCCGUACAGAAUUUAAUGCAGUUCUUGAAAGCAAUGUCUGGGUGAUGGACAUAGUUUAGAUUCCCACAGCUAGCAAUACUGCAAUAAUCUACUAUGUUUGAAGUAUUCAGUAGACUAGUACAUGCAGACCUACAAGGAAACAUGAAUAAUUUGGGAUUUCUAUACAGUACUUAAACAUGUUCUUUAACAUUUAGAGAGAAAAUACUUCAUCUGUGUUGCCGGUUUUGGCUACAGAUACUCCAGGAUUGAACAUUGAUACAGUAUAAAAAUAAUGCACAUAGUUUUUUUUUAAUGCUGCAUUGUUCAUUGGCUGACUGUGUUCCUGCAGUCCAAGUAGAUUGACCACUAUUGUGAAAUAUGGCUGUUAUUGUUUAGUCAGAGCCUGUUACCUGUUAAUUGUUGGUCAUCAGAUGCAGAACAUGUGAUAGAGAGACUGUAUGAGAUCAUCUAAACAUAUCUAACCUUUUUUUCAACCACCAAAUUUGAAACUGUGUGCCUCACUUAUUAUGUAGAAUUCUUUUUUUGUGCACUGCUUUCAGCUGAGAACAUUAAUUUAGAUUUAUAGUAUUGAAUUAUUUGAACUCUUCAGAACUUUUUCUAUUUUUACAUGCUCAAAACGUGUUUAACAGUUUUAAAAGUUGAGCCAUUCUUGUUAUACGCUCAGGGUAUGAGUUUACACCAUGUUAAUGGAUUUAACAAUGUUUUUUAUAAACUUUGUCAAUAAAAAUCUACCUG